AUGGUCAGACUUGUUACCAAAGAAUGCUUUCUCUUUGCUGUACAGGAGAUAACUGAGUACAAAACCCAAGGCUGCCGAAAGGCCUUGUGCAUUGCUGGAUACAUCUUGUUCUGUGGGGCUCUGCUGCUGCUGUUUUACUGGAAGCCAGAGUGGGAUGUGUGGGCAAACUGUAUCUGCUGCAGCUUGGAAGAAGCGGAUGUUGUUCUGCUCAGAACAAUAGACGAGUUUCACAAAUACGCAUGGAAGCAAGUGACCUGGAUUGAUUUGUCCACAUUAGCACUACCUGUUGGUAGUAAUUCAGAUGAUCCUCUUGUGGCUGAUAUGGACUCUGUCAUAAACAGAGCCAUCAUGAAGGCACAGCUAAAGAUGAGUUGUAUCCAGAUGCUGAAAAUCCAACAUACUUGGGACUUUUCUGUAAAAGAAUUCAAGAAAGUUGGGUCAUUAGAAGACAGCAACAUGUGUCACAGCAUACACCACAAGUCUGGAGCUGGCCUCACAAGAGAAGAAGAUCUGUGGAUAACUCAGCAGAGCUCAGUUUCUGUGAUGUUAGCACAAUCACUGAAUUGUAACCUACUGCUUCACUUGCGUAUUGAUGUUUCAACACUGCAAUUGCUUUGCCAUCAACAGCAGUCCACCAAGCUGCAUGACCUUGUCGAGGAGCACAACAAAGCCCAUGUUACAGUCUGCACAAUGAGUGAAGGUUGAAAAGAGCUGGAGUCUCAUUACUUAGUCCCUACAGAUGUGUCUCUUUUAGAUGGUAAAAAAGUUUCUCUCCCGUGUGACGCUGUCCUGAUUGAUGGAGGCUGCAUUGUGAAUGAAGGGAUGCUUACAGGUGCAACAUUAGAGUUUGAAAUGCUAGGGCCCUGUGUGAAAACAUUUCAGUUACCCCUCAUGGAGGGUCUGAUGCCCUGGAAAACCCACAGCCUGGAGAACUGUCAGAGACACGUCCUCUUCUGCAGGACAGAAGUCAUACAGACGAAGCUGAAGGGCGGAGGGUCAGCGAGAGCCAUUGUGCUGCAAACUGCAUAUGGGACGUGUCUUCAUGCGGGGUUCAAUACAGCUAAAGGUGACCUGGUGAGAUCCAUCCUCUACCCCAAGCCAGUGAACUUCAAACUCUACAGAGAUGCCUUCAAGUUCAUCAUAGGCCUCCCUGUCAUUGGCAUGUUGGGACUCAUCUACACUGUGUGUGUGUUCAUGUCCUACAAGUCGGUGGCAGAUGUGGUGGUGAUGGCCCUUUUCCUUCUCACCUUGGCUGUGCCUCCCACUGUCCCUACUGCCUUGACAACAAGCACUGUUGAUGCCUAAAGGAGGCUGAAGAAACAGAUGAUUUUCUGUAUCAGCCCGAGGAUUAAUACCUGCAAGCAGAUCAACCUCGUUUGCUUUGUCAAAAAGUAAAUAGACACGCUGACAGAAGAUGGACUGGACCUGUGGGGCGUUAUCCCUUCCAAGGGAAGCCGAUUUCAGAAGAUCCAUAAGUUCCCGUCCAGAAUUCCUCUGCCCUGGGGACCUGUGUGUGGAGCCUUGGUGAGCUGUCAUUCACUGGUUGUUUUGGAUAAGAAGAUUCAGGUUGAUCUGCUGGACAUGAAAAUGUUUGAGGCCACACACUUGGCUCCUGUGGAAGGAAUAGCAAUCCUACAUCAAUUCCCAUUUUCUCCUGGGCUGCAGAGGAUGUCUGUUGUUUCACAGAACAUCAGAGGGGAACAGUAUGACCUGUACAUGAAAGGAGCACCAGAAAUAGUGUCCAGCUUUUGCAGACAAGAAACUGUCCCAGCUAAUUUCUUAAAGGAACUUGGGUCAUAUACAAGCCAAGGCUUCAGAGUCAUCACCCUGGCCCAUGGAACACUAAACCUAGAAAAAGAUGUAGACUUGAGCAACCUAGACAGGGAAGAGGCAGAGUCUGGGCUGGUGUUCCUGGGCCUCCUGGUGAUGGAGAGCCACCUGAAGCAGGAGAUGAAGCCUGUGCUAUAAAAGCUGGCUGCUGCCUGCAUCAGAAGUGUGAUGGUCACAGGGGACAACCUGCAGACAGCUGUCAUGGUGGCCAGGAAUGCGGGUAUGAUUCACACUGGCAAAGUCAUCCUCAUCAGUGCAAAAGAACUAGAGGGCUCCACUCCAGCUUCCAUUGCCUGGCGAUUGGCAGAAGGCUGCAAAGCAAACACAGCUCCUCCCCAUGAGGAAAAGAUCACCUUGGAAGGAGAAAUCUGGAACUAUUAUUUUGCAAUGAAUGGAAAGUCCUAUCAGGUUAUUCUAAAGCACUUCUACAGCUUGCUGACAAAAAUACUGGUGAAUGCGGCUGUAUUUGCUAGGAUGUCUUCUGGCCAGAAGUCCUGCCUUGUUGAAGGGUUUCAGAAACUCAAGCUGGGUUGGAAAGAAGAGGAAAUUGCUGUUUGCAGCUCACUGUUGCUGGAGAGAGCAGGAACAAAGUGCCGGGUGUUACUGUACAGGCAUUUCUCUCCAGAGGACCAGACCUUGUCCCCCACCAGCCCCUGGGGAAACGGUACCAGCAGCGGUGCCCAGAGCACUGUCCUCAGUUAUGAAGACACCACGCUGUGGCCACUGUCUUCUAUCAACUGCAUCAUUGUGGCCUCCACCUUUUCCAAGGGAAAGACCUUUCGGAAGCCCAUCUACACCGACUGUAUAUUUUCAGUCCUCCUGGCCCUUCAGCUUGCAAUUUGCCUCUUACUCUUCUUCGCUGAUACUGAUGCUGUGUACGGUGGUAUACAGUUUCUUUGCACUCCUGGGAUCUGGAGACUUUACGUCUUACUGAUGCUCUUGGUCACCUUCUGUGUAACUUUUUUUACAGAGGAUGCUGUCUUGCAGAACAAACACCUCUGGCGGCUGAUUAAAGGCUGCUUUUCGUACCAGUCAAGCAGCCAGUACCAAAAGUGGCAGAGGAUGCUGCAGAGGGAUCCCAGCUGGCCUCCGGUAAACUCAAAAGACUUUGCAGCAAAAAGCAUGGAUGAGAUUUACAUUAACCUCGCCUAUGAACACUGUGAUGAGGGCUGGGUGAGACCCUGCAGCCAGGCACAGGUCUUUGCAGUGCUGUCACUCCCCUGGCUUGCACAGAACAGGCUGGGUUUUCAUCCUUUGAUGUGCACCAGAUUCAGAUGUUCGAAAUCCCUGCACAAACCCACCCAUUUGAGGCUGGCUGGGCUCACACUGGCUGUGCCCAGGAGCAUGGGUGAGGACUAUUCACUUGUCGGCUGGUGAAAUAACAGCCUUGACACUAGUCCAUGGCAACAGCAGGUAUCAGGACUUGCCAACAUCUACAAAGGCUCAAAAAUACUGAAUAUACAGCAAAGUGAUGGCUUCUGUUGCUCCACAUCACACUUGCACUCCAUGAUUCAGCCACUGCUACACUAGAUGCUGCCAAACCCACCGGGUUUGAUGGAAAGGCAAUCCAAAAUAAGUGGCCUAAUCUUGACUGCACAGAGGAGCACACAUACAAUUGAAAAAUCCUGUGAUAAACGAAGUGCUGCAGCUUCCAAGAACAACAAGCAAGUUCUCUGGAUGAUGUAAUUGCCGUUUUUUUGCAUCCGGGAGUGAAUCACAGAUGUGAGAUGGCACAUAUGCUGUCCUUGCCUGGCUCUCCCUCGCCAGGUCUUGCAUAAUGCUCUGAGUACAGGAGAGAUUAAAGCUCAUAGUUUGCUGUAAAAUCAGGCUGGUAAGCAAAUGCCCCAUUUAAGCCUGCAAAGGCAGAGGCCAGCACAGCUGCUGCACAUAUGACUGCCCCCCCAGUUUGUGCUCUGCUGCUGCCACGUCCCAGCCCAGGUUUGGGGUCACGCAGCAGAAAGCAGGGCUAAGCCUCGGCUUCUUUCUUUAACUAGGUCAUGCCAAAAAGCAGGGGUUUUAACAUGCUCUUGUGCAUGGCUGCUGGACAGGAGCAAGAAGCUGAGUCACUCUGUGCUUGCUCUUUCACCUUAAAGUUGUUCAACUGAUUAGUUUAGCCAUGAAAGAACUUUGAUUACAAGAAGCAAAAAAGGACUUUUGGGUUCAGUUUUAUUAUAACGUUUUCUCAUAUUAGAAAAGAACUUUAUUUAAAUGUAAUAACAGAGGGCACUACAAAUUACAACCAGAAGUCUUGGCUUUGUUAUUUCAAACAUUGAAACAACUGAUGUUUAAAAAAAGCUUCUGAUCCUGUUAUAUACAUGUUAAGAGCAGACAGAAAUAGCAAGCCUCUUACAGAGACAGCUCUUUUGCUCUCAUCUCUUCUUACAGUCCAGGCAGUUGCCUGUGGCAAAAACACCACAGGAUUUAAUUUCUUACAUGCCGUCUGCAAAUAACAUAGUUCCAAACACCUAAGCCAGAUACUCCUGGUAAAGAGUAAUAAACCACACUUUUCCAAAACAGUUUUCUUCUAUGAAAGCCACACG